CCACCGGGGUUCCCAAAAUAAACUGAGGGGACGCAGAUACGCGCGCACACACACGCAGGAUACACACAGAGAUAGACUGAAAGAUAGAGAGAGGGAGAGAGAGAGAUACACACCGGCGGAUGGCGAAGCAGAGCCAAAGAAAAGACACUCCAGCGUAAAAAGAAAAGGGGGUAUCGCUUUUUCCCUCCUCCUCUUUUUCUUGAUUUCGCAUCAUUGCAGGAGGAAACCAGAGGACAGGUGCACUUAUUGAUAUGGAUUUAUUCAUUUAUUUAUCUAUUGAUUUUGCUUUAAUUAGUGACCCGCGGUAGAGAAAGAGGGAGAGAGAAACAGCGAGGGGAGGAGAGGGAGGAGCGAAAGUCAGACAGGAGGUGCCUGCGUAGCCUUACUUUAUUAUUUGAUUAUUUCUAUCUUUUACCAAAUAAUGCUUUUGCGUUUUAUUAUUGUGUCGCUUUGUGUGCAUGUAUUCUCCAGCAGACCAGCCAGCUACUAACCAAAUCUUUACGAGAAUCCGAAAGAAGCAACUCCAGUCUUACAAGGACAGUUUUUUCCCCCAUUUUUCCAUACCGAGGAUUCACCGGUGGACAGUGUUUGUUUGAGACUUUUCAUGAGAUUGCAGGAGGAGAAAUGUGUCUUUUCCAAGCCUAAACCAAAGCAAACCCGAGGAGGAGAAAGACAGACCGCGAGCCACUGCGAUCUUUACGCACAGCUGUCUGGACACAAUAAAUGGAGACUAAUUGUGUCUGUGUUACAUCCAGCAGAGAGCAGCUGAGAGAGGAGCACCAACUGCACUAGAUUCACAUGGGUGCAAUGAUAACAGAUAUUAUCCAUUGUCCAGUCACCUGCAGCCUGUAUUAGCCUGCAUGGAGCAACACUGGUAGCUUUAUUUUUUUCUCCCAAAGCCAAACAGUCGUCGCUGCGCGCCCUGCUGUGUGUAGUGUGUGUGUGUGUGUGCCGGACUAGUUGACUCCGAGAAGACACAAGUGAGAGGAUCAUAACAUCCAUCUGUAUCCCAGAGCUAAAGAAAUAUCCAAAAACAGAGAAAUGUGAAUCCGCUGAGGCACAGGCUCGAUCCACGGAGAGAAAAGGCAAAACACUGAGUCUCCUUCCUCCAAACCAUCCCAGCGUUUUUACAUACGGCUGCCCACAAACCUGGAAAGCAUACGAAGAGAGGCAAAAGACCGACGGAAGGAACGACGGAUAAGAGAGGAAGAAAAGUGAGACUAAAAUAAAAAAAAAAAAACAACAACAACGACCCCCAGGUCGACAGAGGACCAUGUUUGUCCCCCUGCCGGUCCCCUUCGUCUUUCAGAGAACAGCGUCCGACUUCAGCGCCUGGAGACUCAAGUCCUCGCUGGCUCCGCGGUCCAGCCCCGAUAUCAGGAUGUCUAAAGCAGCAGAGGAGAAGCCUGGGGCUGACUAUCCAGGGGACAGUUCAGACUCUGACAGAAACAGCCCUGAUGACCAGGUUCAGCCAAUGAAAAACAGCCCCUUCAGCUUCUCCCCCACACCAGCUGGCAGCAAGGGAAAGAGCGAAGAGAGCUCUGAGAUGACCCACAGCACUGUAACUCCUGCUCCUCCUGCACCUCCCUCCCAUCAACAGCAGCAGCAACAGACCCAACACCACCACACACAGCUGAUGCUAGCUGGCAGUCAGCUAGCAGGGCUUGCCGCUCUCCUCCCGGCCCAGCAGCAGCUCCUCCUCCAACAGGCUCAGGCUCAGCUCCUGGCAGCCGCCGUUCAGCAGUCCAACGCUGCGCACGCCGCUCACGCCGCCCACGCCGCCGCGCAGCAACAAGCCAACCAGCAACAGCAGCAGCAGCAGAACCAGUCACAGUCCCAGCAGCAACAGCAGCAACAGCAACAGCAAACCAAACAGGAGCAGACGGUCCAAGCCCCGCCUCCACCACCGCAGCUGGCCCUGUCGCAGCCAAUCCAGCUCACAGCGCAGGACAUCCAGCAGCUGUUGCAGCUCCAGCAGCUGGUCCUGAUGCCGGGUCAUCCUCUCCAGUCUCCUGCCCAGUUCCUCCUGUCGCAGCCAGCCCAGGCGCAGCAGCCACAGCAGGGUUUGCUCUCGACACCAAAUCUGAUCCAGCUACCUCAGCAAAGCCCAGGAGGACUACUGACAACACCACCUCGCCUGGGACUUCAAGCACAGACAUUACAGAGGGAGAAGAGCAGUGAUGUCGUGGUUGGCGGAAGCGGCGGCAGCAGCGGCUCUAUAGUUGCCACUGGCAGCAGCGGCAUUGGUGUCGUGACGUCUGUCGGAGGCACGUCUGCGUCCAGCAGCACCAUGGCUUCCUCACUGAGCUCCAGCUUGACCCCAGGAAGCCACGGGGGUCACCUGGGGGAAGAGCCCAGCGACCUGGAGGAGCUGGAGCAGUUUGCCCGCACCUUCAAACAACGACGCAUCAAGCUGGGAUUCACACAGGGAGACGUCGGCGUGGCAAUGGGAAAACUGUACGGCAACGAUUUCAGCCAGACCACCAUCUCCCGCUUCGAAGCUCUCAACCUGAGCUUUAAGAACAUGUGCAAGCUGAAACCACUGCUGGAGAAGUGGCUGAGUGACGCAGAAACCAUGGCAGUAGACAGCAUGCUGCCCAGCCCCUCCUCUAUCUCCUCCCCCAUGUUGGGGAUCGAGGGGCUGCCCGGCAGACGCAGGAAGAAACGCACCAGCAUCGAGACCAACGUGCGCGUGAUCCUAGAGCGCAACUUCAGCACGAACCAGAAGCCUACCUCGGAGGAGAUCCUGCUGAUGGCGGAGCAGCUCAACAUGGAGAAGGAGGUGAUUCGUGUUUGGUUCUGCAACCGCAGGCAGAAAGAGAAACGCAUCAACCCCUCCAGCAGCACCACCCCUCCCCUGCCCAGCCAGACCUCGCCUGUUGUGACGCACAAAGCCUCCUGCUACAGCCCGCACAUGAUUUCGAGUCAGGGUCUGUCCCAGGUCACCACCAGCCUCAGCACAACAGCUGGCAGUUCGUCACCCUCAUGCCCCAUGACUCCCGUCAGCUCGGCCGCAGUCGGCUCCACCUCUUCCUCUGUGACUCCACCUCCUCAUAGCACAGCCAGCCCCGCCCCUCCCGGCCUCGGGGCCCACGGGCUCAACACUGGGAACACGAUGAUGGGAGUAAGCACAGGGAUGAACCAGGCCCUCAUUGGCAGCAAUACCCUGGCUACCAUGCAAGCCCUGGCAGCCAGCACUGGUCAGCUGCCCAUCUCCAGCCUUGAGGGGGGAGCGGGUCACAUGCUUCUGGGCGGACCUGGAGGUCCCCCAUCCCUCCGCCCCUCCCUCUUCCUCAACCGUCCAACCCUCCUCCCCAUGGUGACCGGUUCCAUGGCGACAGCCUCCACGCCUGCCAUGGGACUGGUCAGCAGCAGCGGCGGCGGUGGGUGUGGCCCGAGGCCUUCCUUCUCCCAGUCUCAGCCGCCCGGCGUCAGCGACCUCAUGAGCCCGACCUCGUGCCCCGAGGAGUCCGCCUCUCCUUGUUCCAGUCCCACCUCUUUCUGUUCCUUCAGCGAAGCCUCGCCGCCGCCCCUGGGAGGGGCCAUGGCAGAGUGAUCCCUGACUGACAGCCAAAGUAUCCUAUCAGAGGAGGACGAGGAGGAGGAGAAGGAGCGAGCAGAGUGUUAGAGGAGCUUUAUAAAUCUAAAUUUACAACCUCGCCUUUCAACCAAAGCCAUCUCUCUGUCUGAUCCAUCUCUGAUUCGUCUCUCUCUGUCUCCCCGCUGACGUCUUCUGAAGCCAAAAAUACACACAGAUGAAUGAGGGGAGGAAGCAAAGAGAGAGGGAGAAGGAGAUGAUAGAGAGAACUGCAGAACGGAGGGGAGAAAUUUGAAACCAAAUAAUGAUCUACAGCUGGAGAGGUGGCACUGGAGUGUCUUUGCUUGGCAUCGGGGGAACGAACACCAUGCUUUUUAUCGGCUGGAGAAAAAAAAAACUCGAUGAGGGCAGGGAUGAGAAGUGAGACUGUGUGUGAGAGACGGGAGGCAAAAAAGAAAUGACUUGUUUAACAAGCUCAGACGGUUCAGGAAGGUGGCUGCAACCAAAUUAAAAAAAAAAGAAAAGAUGCUAGAAGAGAAACACACACCUACAAAGAUGAAAACCAAAAUCUCCAAAUACCAAAAACUGAAAACCAAAAAAAGACAUAAAAAAAAAAAACAAUAAACGGAGAGAAAAGCUUUAGUUCAAAAAGACUUCUUACAUCCUGAUCUGUCCAGGAUCAGUUCAGUACAUCAUUCUACUUCAUGCCAAACAUUUUCCAUUUCAUUUAUUUUGAUUUUGAUUCAUGAAAACCUUUAUUUUUCUAUUAUUUUGUAUUAACCACUCUUUAUUCCUGUCAAACACACAGGUUAAUGUUUUACAGCUGAUCCCACGCGCAGGGUGUCGACCUACCUCUCUCUUUACAGCUUUACCACCAUGAAUCUACCUUACAUUACGACACAGUGUUUGUUUUAUUCAGCCUGGAGUAGCAGACCGGUGGAGUUAACUACUAUUCUUACUAUAGCGUGUGAGAUGCCAAUCCAUACACACUGUAGUGUAAGUAUAAGUUUAAAAAGCUUUCCUGUGAAUGCCUGCACUCUCUGGUGUUUGUUAAAUCCAACUGUGUGGCAAAAUCCACCCCUCUGGAACAUGAAUAGGCUAAAACCAACUGUACAUGUUGGAAAAUCCCAUUUGAUCCAGGUCUGUUUUCAGUUAAAUUUACUAUAUUUAGCUGUUAGUAUCAACAUGAAAGAUCCACAGUGAUUUUUAGGAUUAUUUACGUCUUAAUUUGCUGUUUUCAUCACCAUCGCCAUCAUCAUCAUCAAUAUUCUCAUUGUGUUUUUAAUGUUUGUUCAAACCAAAGUACACACACCCGGCAGCAUUCAUCCUGCCUACAGAGGAAACACACACCACAGGCAGAUGUGGACAAACAGUCUCUGGAGUUUUUUUUAUUUCAGCGUUAUUUGCCUUCUUUUAUUUAUUAUCACCCCACACCAUCGUCAUGUCAUUUUCCAGACUGCUCAUCUACCACCAGACAGUCACUCUUCGAUACCAAAGCAUCGCCUCUGGCAGCGUUGUCUCUGGAUUCGCCCGGGAGACGAGUGUCCAGACAAAAACCUCAGCAGUGUCAAAGGGAAAAAAACACACACAUACACACACUACAAGCAUAAGAAAGAGUCCAAACCAAAAAAAAAAAAAAGAACAAAAGAAAGAGGUGAAGCACCGGCGUUCCCCUUACUGCCCCCAAACCCCUGCCCUCCAUCCCUCCCUCCCAUCUGCCCCUCUCCUUUGUCUCCAAAGAUCAGAUCAAAGGGCCAAAAGAAAAGAGGAGAAGAAGAAAAAGGAGGAGAAGGAGAAGUGGUCAGGAGCAGAGGAGCCAAAGGUUUGAAAAGCUGCAGGGGGAAAGCAAGAAGAGGAGGAGGAGGAGGAGGAGAAGAAAAAGGAGGAAGAGGAGCAGGAGGAGGUGCGCUCAGAGCAGCGGACCAAAAAACCAAAAAGUAACCCAAAACCAAAAGCUACUACUACUGCUACUAGUAAUGUAUGAGUGACUGAACUGUAACUAAACCAAAUACAAACAAAGAGGGGGAGGACGAGGGGAGAAAAGGGGGGAGUAAGGCCCUGUCUGUCUGUUCGUCUUUAACUGUGAUUGCUGUUCUUGUAUCGACAGACAGAAAUCGUUCCCUCCCUCCCUCUGCCGGCGACCUCGGCUUUGUUCUCACUUUCUUUUUCCUGGAUGGAUAAAAAUAUGGAAUAACCUCAACAAACUGACUUUGAGAAUAUAUAUAUUUUUCUUUUUGCUUUCCAUAGUGUGUCUGUUAAUGAUGUAUGGAUUUGUCUCAUUGCUUUCUACUUAU